CGGCGCUAGGAUUCCUGAGGUGGCAGCGGUGGUACCCGGUGACCCAGAAAGGCGCGGCGGCCGCGCGGCUGGAGAAGGAACCCCCAGAGGAGUGCGGGGUCUGAGUGGGCGCCAAAGAGAGACCUCGGGCGGGAGUGUGUGCUGGGCCCCUGGGCUGGGAGUGCCUCCCGCCCCGCCCCCUCGGCCGCCGAGUCCGGGCCCCGCGCUGGGCUUCCACAGUCAUGGCCGUGCCCUUCGUGGAGGACUGGGACCUGGUGCAGACCCUGGGAGAAGGCGCCUACGGAGAAGUUCAACUUGCUAUGAAUCGAAGAACCGAAGAAGCAGUUGCAGUGAAGAUUGUGGACAUGAAGCGUGCCGUAGACUGUCCAGAAAAUAUUAAGAAAGAGAUCUGUAUCAAUAAAAUGUUGAAUCAUGAGAAUGUGGUAAAAUUCUAUGGUCACAGGAGAGAAGGCAAUAUCCAGUACCUAUUUCUGGAGUACUGUAGUGGAGGAGAGCUUUUUGAUAGAAUAGAGCCAGACAUUGGCAUGCCUGAACAUGAUGCUCAGAGGUUCUUCCACCAACUGAUGGCUGGCGUGGUUUAUCUACAUGGUAUUGGAAUAACUCACAGGGAUAUUAAGCCAGAAAACCUCUUACUUGAUGAAAGAGAUAACCUCAAAAUUUCUGACUUUGGCUUGGCAACAGUGUUUCGACAUAAUAAUCGGGAACGUUUGUUGAACAAGAUGUGUGGUACCUUACCUUAUGUUGCCCCAGAACUUCUAAAAAGAAAAGAAUUUCAUGCAGAACCAGUUGAUGUUUGGUCCUGUGGAAUAGUACUUACUGCAAUGUUGGCUGGAGAAUUGCCUUGGGACCAGCCAAGUGAUAGUUGUCAGGAAUAUUCUGAUUGGAAAGAAAAAAAAACUUACCUCAACCCUUGGAAAAAAAUUGAUGCUGCUCCUCUAGCUUUGCUACAUAAAAUCCUAGUCGAGAAUCCAUCAAUAAGAAUUACCAUCCCGGACAUCAAAAAAGAUAGAUGGUACAACAGACCACUAAAGAAAGGGGCAAAGAGGCCACGAGUCACUUCAGGUGGUGUGUCAGAGUCUCCUAGUGGAUUCUCUAAGCACAUUCAAUCCAAUUUGGACUUCUCUCCAGUAAAUGGUGCUUCUAGUGAAGAAAACGUGAAGUACUCCAGUUCCCAGCCAGAACCACGAACAGGUCUCUCCUUAUGGGACACUAGCCCUUCAUACAUUGAUAAACUGGUACAAGGAAUCAGUUUUUCUCAACCCACGUGUCCUGAUCAUAUGCUUCUGAAUAGUCAGCUACUUGGCACCCCAGGAUCUUCACAGAACCCUUGGCAGCGCUUGGUGAAAAGAAUGACACGAUUCUUUACCAAAUUGGAUGCAGACAAAUCUUACCAAUGCCUGAAAGAGACUUGUGAGAAGUUGGGCUACCAGUGGAAGAAGAGUUGUAUGAAUCAAGUUACUGUAUCAACAACAGAUAGGAGAAAUAAUAAACUGAUUUUCAAAGUGAAUUUGGUAGAAAUGGAUGAGAAAAUCUUGGUUGACUUCCGUCUUUCUAAGGGCGAUGGAUUGGAAUUCAAGAGACACUUCCUGAAGAUUAAAGGGAAACUAAAUGAUAUUGUGAGCAGCCAGAAGGUCUGGUUUCCCACCACAUGAUAAAUCCAUUGACACUGGGGUUUCCUGGUGAAUAUAGUGGUGCUAUUUUGACAUUAUUCUUCCUAGAGAAGAUUAUCCUAUUCUGCACACUGCAAACAACAAUUCCCUCUCCCCUUAGCCAAACAUUUUCCAGUUCUUUAUGUUUGUUAUACAUACAUGUGAUACCUAUAUAAUAACUGUAAGUAAAAUUUGGGGGAAGGAUGAAUAGAAUUCAUUAGGUAUAAUAUUUCUUCAUCUGUGUUAUGUGUCUGAAUGUGAAGCUCACCAGGGAGAAAUGAAUCUCCAAGAAUACUUGAGUUUACCAGCUUCUAUACCAGUAUGAUGAGAGAUGAUACCCUUAUACCAUUCUUCCAAAGCAUUUGGUUCCAUACACAAGGUCUGUGUUUCAUUCUGAUUUAAUCAGUAUGUGGAUGAAUUUGUAACAACAAUCCUUAAUACUUUUGAACUGUACAUUUAUUGGUCUUUGAGAUGAAACCAAUCUCAAAUACAUAUAUAUUGCCAAAAUAGUGAUACUUUCAAAAUGGUGUGGCCAGGUUUAUAAAUCUGUUUUGCGGAAUUAUAACUAAUAGCUUAAAACUGCAUAUAGGGUUCCCACCCCUCAGGAUAAUAAUAUAUAAAAUGCUGAUUGGUCUCUGAAAUAGAAGUUGAGGAUAAAUCCUAGUAUUUAACUGUCUUCUAAAAUUACUGUUGCACAUCUAAGGAAUUUUUCUAUAUUAUUUUUUCUACCACUAUUGCUUUAUUUUCAUUCUUUACUAUAGAAAUAAAUUUACUUUGAAAAUAAAAUAGCUAUGUGAACUUAUUGGCUAUUAAAUUUCUAAGUGGUCAGGAAUAUAAGAUGAGAAGGAAGGAGGGGUGGAAAGAAGGGACAGUAAACACAGAUAAUUUCCUCAUUCUUUUCCCUGUUAGAUUUAUUGUUCUAACUUUAUAUUAAUUUUUGAAUGCAUUUGUUGGAGGGUUAUGUUCUUUCUGGUAAUUCAAAAAAUGAAUUAUCUUAGUCUUAAGUCAAGAACAUGUAAAAUUUUAUGUUUGGAGUUUAUUGUUGAAUAGUAUAUAUUGAUCAGUGUGUUAAUUGAAGUAUAUAUGAGGAAAAAUUUUGAAUUGUUGGGCAGCUUAUAAAAAUUGUGUCAGUUCUCAGAUAUGAAUGAUGAUUUGUUCUUGUGAAUUGUUAGCUAGCUAGGGGGCCGAGCGGUAGCGCACUGUGUUAAGUGCACAUAGUAUGAAGUGCAACAAUCUGAGCAAGGCUCCGGUUCGAGCCCCUGCCUCCCCACCUGCAGGGGGAUCUCUUCACAAGCAGU